CAGUGCUUUUGCCUAAUGCCCGUCAGUGGCAUAUGUGCCUCCACCUGUCAAAGAUUAAGCUUCAGCAGACGGAGCUGGCGGUUCUGGUACAGUGUCUCGUACCUCUGCACCACUUCCGUGGAUCUGGCCUUCAGCAUCCGCAAGGUGACUCACAGUGUUUUGGAUGUUCGCAGUGUGGAGCCUAUAGUUUUUCAUGUGAGCAUCCUGAUCGCUUCCUGGCAGUUCCUUAACCUGGCACAUCUCUGGCCAGGACUGAUGCGCCACUGGGCGGCAGUGGAGCAGCGGCUACCUGGUUACUCCUGUUGCCUGGAUCGAGCUCGUCCUGCCCGUCGCAUCCAGUUGGUGGCCUUCCUGCUGCUCUCACUAUCUCUGAUGGAGCACUUGUUGAGCAUUAUUUCAGUGGUGUACUAUGACUUUUGCCCCCGGAGAAGAGACCCCGUAGAAUCGUACUUGCACGGAACUAGUGCCCAACUGUUUGCCGUGUUCCCCUACUCCAAUUGGCUGGGUUGGCUAGGCAAGAUUCAGAACGUGCUACUCACCUUCGGCUGGAGCUAUAUGGACAUAUUCCUGAUGAUGCUGGGCAUGGGUCUUAGCGAGAUGCUGGCCAGACUCAAUCGCAGCUUGGAGCAGCAAGUGCGAGAGCCCAUGCCGGAAGCAUACUGGACUUGGUCACGCACUCUUUACCGAUCGAUAGUGGAGCUUAUCCGGGAAGUGGAUGAUGCCGUAUCCGGGAUAAUGCUGAUAUCCUUCGGCAGCAAUCUAUACUUCAUCUGUCUGCAACUGCUCAAGAGCAUCAACACCAUGCCCUCUUCGGCCCACGCCGUCUACUUCUACUUUUCGCUGAUGUUUCUUCUUAGCCGAGCCACGGCCGUACUGAUCCUGGUUUCCGGGAUCAAUGAUCAGGCCAGGGAGCCCCUGCGUUUGCUGCGUGUUGUUCCCCUCGAAGGAUAUCAUCCGGAAGUCUUCCGUUUUGCCGCCGAACUGGCCAGUGACCAAGUGGCGCUCACGGGUCUCAAGUUCUUUAAUGUCACCAGGAAGCUGUUUUUGGCGAUGGCUGGAACAGUGGCCACCUAUGAACUAGUGCUUAUCCAGUUUCAUGAGGAUAAAAAGUCCUGGGACUGCUCGGCCUCCAGCUUUAAUUAG